UUACACUCCUCAAAAAUUUUCCUCCCUUAAAACCCUCUCAACCGAAAUCUCCCCUACCAACCAAGUUCAUCCCUUGUUCUUGAUGUUUAUACAUUGUUCAUCUUAAAAGCCAAGCCUAGAUCCUAAAACAACACCAAACUCACCCGAAAUUAAUUUUUGGAAGAUCAAACACCCAUAUUUCCUAAGAAAUAUCAAACGUUCAUCUUCGAAAACCCACUUUGAUUCUCUAGCAACACCCAAAAGCAACCAAAAGUUAUUAUUUUAGGAUCAAAAUCCAACUUUUCCUUUAAAUCAUCAAGAACAUCAAGAACACUCAAAAAUCCAAAACCAAACCCUUCUAAAUCUUCAAGACUAAAACACUACCCAAACACCCUACAACCAACCCCAAACAUCGACCGAAACACCUCCAUCAUCGCCAAACCGCCGUCGGCCUGUCGUUGGUGGCUCACCUACCCGAAGCGGAAAAAAAGAAGGAAAAAAAUGAAGUUUACCUUGAACCCGAGAUGACUACUAAGGGCGGCGAUGCUCAACUCCGAAAGCGGUGGACGUCAAUGGCUCACUGGAGAAGAUGAACUUACCGGCUCGUGUGGUACGCCGACGACCUCCCUGGCUUGCCGACGCAUGGCUCACUGGAGAAGAUUGAAGCCUAUUUAUAUUGUGGCGGAGCACAGCGGUAGGCACGGCGGCGGACGGCAAUGUCUCACCGGAGAAGAUCACCAGACCGGCGCGUGUGGCGCGCCGACGACCUCUUCCCGGCCGGCGACCUCUUCCCGGCCGGCCGGCGAUUGUGUUGAUGAUGAUGCCCUAGCUCUUUGGAGAAGAUGAAGCUUGGCCAUUGCAUCCAUCUUUGAUCCAAUGGCUUAGAAUGCUUUGUGUUUGUUUCACAAGGAUGGAAGCAUCCAUAGCCCUGGGAUCAAAGCUCAUCAAGGGUGUAGAUUGAUUUGGUUUUGUUGCCAUGGAUUGGUGACAUGGCACACCUAAAAAGCUCCACCAAUUAACGCUUUGUCUCGUUUCAAAUUUCAAAGCAAAAACCAGUUCCCCAUUUUCCCUGCAAAACCGGCGGCAAAGUUAAACAAGUGGGGGUUUUCUUGUUUUUAUAUUAUUUAUUAGUUGUAUAUAUUUAAUAGAAAGUGGGCUUAUAUUGGGCCUAUAUAAAAAAAGCAAUGCAAUGGACUAUUUUAUGCAAAUGGACUUAUUAUUUUUUU